AAUCAUAUAUUAUUAUUUACUAAUAUAUUAUAUUGUUAAUUUUUUAUAAAUUAAUAUUAUAAUUUUGAAAUUAAUAUAUAAUUAAUAUUUAAAAUAUUUAAUAUAGUCCUUUUUUAUCAAAAAAAAAUAUAUUAAAAUGUCGAGAGAGUCCGGUAGAAGGUCCAUGGAUAUGGGCGUCGUGAACCAAAGUUCGAGGAGAGGCAAAGCUAAAGCCACCUCCGACGGUUCGACCUCACGUAGUUCUCAAGGAAGACACUCCGUGUCUUCCUUCCCUAGUAUUCCUGAUCAAUUCGUGGGCGACGCUUUGACGGAUCAAGAAUUCGACCAUUAUAUGUCAGGUAGAGCCGACGCCAAUCUCGAAGUUCUUGAAAGUAUAUUCGAGGACAUUGAUGAAGCAGAAAUGGAUGUGGAUCCUACACCGCACACCAACCAUCCUACCGACGUCGACGAGGAGGCAGGUGGUACAACUGUGAGCUCGCACAACGAACUUGCUAUGUACCAAGGGGUGCCAUGCGAUUACGACGACGACGAUGACGUGGUGUUUGACGUCCUCGGAUGGUGGAAGCGGAACGAACACAUGUUCCCAUGUCUCGGAAUGAUAGCAAGACAAGUUUUAUCUGUCCUGGUAUCAACCGUAGCAGUGCAACAAGAAUUCAGUCCUGGCGGCAACAUUCUAACCGACUACCGAAGUUGUCUUAGCGUUGAAUCUCUUGAAACACUUGUUUGCAAUAGAGAUUGGCUCUUGGCAAGACGUCGAGCUCCAGAGUCAGGAUAUGAAUUCAAUUCCGAACAUUACAUGAAUGCAACCACAGAUGAAAGCCCUAGUUCUGAGGAAUAAGUUAUAAACUUUUUUAUGUUAAUGCAAAUAUGUAAUUAGUUUUUUUAGGUGAGCGAUAUAUAACCUCCUUCGAGGGUUUCUUUACGGUUCUUUACCUCGUCGCUUUUUUUGAACCGUCAGGAUAUUAAAUGUAGUUGUUUCUC